AUGGGGAACUGCACGGCGUCGCAGCGCGCAGCCGAUUCGUGGGCCGACGACGGCGAGUGGGAGGAGGAAGAGGAGGCCUCGUCGUCGUCGGAGGGCGAGCACCACCACCACCACCACCACCACCACGAGAGGAGAGAGGAUCAUCACGAUCACGACUCUGAGGUGACCAUCAGGAUCACCAAGAGGCAGCUGCACGAGCUGAUGGAGAAGAAUGGCAGCGGCCACGGGCUGCCGCUACCAGGGCUUGGGAGCCUGCGGUCGGUGGAGCAGCUGCUGGCGGACAUCAUGAACUCCGGCGAGGUGCACCACCGCGACCACCACCGCAGGGAGGAGCACUGGCACUGGAAGCCCGCGCUGCAGAGCAUCCCCGAGACCGUCGCCGUCGAGUCAUGA